UAUUAAACCAAGAUAUAAUUACACUAGACCGAUACAAAACUAGGAUUUGGGCCACAUCUCGUGGGUAGGCAGGCCCGGCUUAUGACACAAAGAUAUUUGUUAAUUGUUUUUUAAUUUUAAUAAUAUAAUAGGUGAAGAGGCGCAGUUCCGCCGAGUUGGCUCUCUGAAACUUGAGUUCAACUUCUUCCCUCGCCGGCGAUUUGGUGUAGUUUUCUUUCCCAUUCUUCAACUGAGCCUACAGAGAGAAAAAAAAAACAGCCUCUUUCCAUUGCUCUUUUUGGGUGGAUUACUGCUAAAAGAUGGCCAAUAAUCCUCAGUAUCCUGGCAUUCAGACAUUUCAGCAUCAUAACGCUAGCUCCAUAGAUGUGCCCCGAGGCUUUGCUCCUCCCAUGAAUUUUCAGUUUCGUCCUCCCAUUCAAGCUCCACGGUCUGAGCAAGUUGCUUGCUCGCCUUCUCAAAAUUUUCAAUGUGUUGGCAGAGGUGGCACAACGAUGAACAUUGGAUUUCCACCUCAAUCUUACGCACCUCAGUUAUUACAAUCAAUGCACCAUACGCUUGACAGACCUAGCCAAUCAAAUCAGGUGCAACAUGUGCCACUAGGAACCCCGACUCUGAUUUCACGACCAAUUGUGCCAGUUGCUUCUGGUACCUCCUUGCCUCAGCCUUACGUACAAACUCCAGAUAUUAGCAUGAACGGCUUUGGUGGCCCUAGGGCAGUCAUUUCUUAUCCGACUGCCGCAUCUUACGAAGGUUUGAGGGCACCAACUCAAGCCAUUGGACCAAGCAGUCAUGGCCAGGCUCAGCAAAGAGAAUCUAUCAGCCAGACUACUGCGCCUUCUAUCAUCAAUCCGACAUUUGAACAACCGAAGGCAGCUUUUAUUCAACCUAUACCUUCUCUAGAGGCUCUAACAGAUUGGGUUGAGCAUACCUCGGCAGAUGGAAGGAUAUAUUUUUUCAACAAGAAGACGAAGAAGUCCACUUGGGAGAAGCCUGUUGAGUUGAUGACUCUUUUUGAGAGAGCAGAUGCAAGAACUGAUUGGAAAGAACAUUCAAGUCCUGAUGGAAGAAAAUAUUACUACAAUAAGAUUACCAAGCAAUCAACAUGGACAAUGCCUGAGGAGAUGAAGAUGGCUCGUGAACAAGCAGAAAAAGCAUCUGUUCAAGGGAUUCAUGCAGAAGGCAUUACUGAUGAUUCUAAGGUGCCGUCUGGUUCUCAUACAGCAUCGACUGGUUUACCAAGCCAAACUUCAUCUACACUUCCGACCUCUGAUGCCAGUGAGAAACUAGUUCUUACUUCUGAUUGGAAGCAGGCAGCUUCAGUUCCUGGAAGUUCUUCUCCGGUCGAAAAUGUUGAUCCUGUUCAGAUGAUUGCAGAUAAAACAUCACAAUUGUGUGAGGCUGCAGACACUGCUGAUCCUUCUGCCACUGCGAUGAUAACUUCUCCUGCUACAUUGGUUGACAAGGAUACAGUAUUAGCCGAGAACAGUGGAGACUCAGUUGACAUGUCAGCUAAAAACACAAAUCAAGGUAGUGGGACUGGACCAAAAGAAAUCCAAAAUCAUGUGGUGGACAGCGAAAGAGUUGACAGUCAAUCGGAAGAAAAACAAAGUCAUCAUGAAAAUUUUCCUUAUAAUAACAAAUCGGAAGCUGUAGAUGUCUUCAAGUCACUUUUGAAAUCCGCCAAUGUUGGAUCUGACUGGACAUGGGAACAGGCAAUGAGAGAAAUAAUUAAUGACAAAAGGUACGGGGCUCUGAGGACUCUUGGAGAGCGGAAACAAGCCUUCAAUGAGUUCUUAGCUCAAAUGAAAAGAGCAGCAGAGGAAGAAAAGGUAGGCAGACAGAAAAAACGAUAUGAGGAUUUUAGAAGGAUGUUAGAGGAAUGCGUGGAGCUUACUCCUUCUACUCGAUGGAGUAAGGCUGUGGCCAUGUUGGAACACGAUGAGCGUUUCAAAGUUGUUGAACGAGAAAAAGACCGCCGUAAUAUUUUUGAAGAUCAUGUCAGUGACCUAAAGGAGAAGGAGCGGGUGAAAGCUCUGGAGGAUCGCAAGCGAAACAUAAUUGAAUACAGGAGAUUUUUGGAAUCUUGCAAUUUCAUCAAGCCUAAUAGUCAAUGGCGCAAAGUUCAGGACCGCUUAGAAGUGGAUGAAAGAUGUUCACGUCUUGAGAAAAUUGAUCAGCUAGAAAUCUUUCAGGAGUAUCUGCGCGAUCUGGAGAGAGAAGAAGAGGAGAGAAAGAAGAUACAAAAGGAAGAACUAAAAAAGGCAGAGAGAAAGCAUCGUGACGAGUUCCGUGGGCUCAUAGAUGAACAUAUUGCGACAGGGGAGCUUACUGUCAAAACUAGUUGGCGUGAUUAUUUAAUGAAGGUCAGAGAUUUACCAGUAUAUACAGCAAUUGCGUCUAACUCCUCUGGAGCUAGUCCAAAAGACUUAUUUGAUGACGCUGUUGAGGAUUUGAAACGAAAGUACCAGGAGCUCAAAUCUCAGAUAAAGGACGUAUUGAAGCUUAGAGAGGUAACAUUAACCGCGGGAUCAACAUUUGAUGAGUUCAAGGUCACAAUUUGUGAAGGUAUCCCACCUAUUCCUGACGUUAAACUAAAGUUGGUUUUUGAUGAUUUGCUGGGAAGGGCAAAGGAGAAGGAAGAGAAGGACGCGAGAAAACAGACAAGGCAGACGGAAAAAUUGGUGGAUAUACUUCGCUCCUUCAAGGAUAUAACUGCCUCUUCAUCCUGGGAGGAAUCAAAGCAUCUUGUUGAAGGUAGUGAAAAAUGCCGUAUUAUAGGAGACGAGAGCUUCCGAAAGCAAACAUUCAAGGAUUACGUAUCACGCCUCAAAGAGCAAGCAAAAAGGAUCAAACAGUACAAGAAGGUACCCGAAGAUGUGAGAGAGGAACAUGACAAUGGGAAGGAUAAAUACGGAAGAGAGAAGGACAGAGUGCGAGAAAGAGACGGCGAAGAUCAUCAUAAGAAAUCUGCCGCUGAGAAUUACAAUUACGAUAAUAAUGAACCCCAUGGAAAAGAACGUAGAAGAUUAGGAAGAGAUAGCCAUAAUAGACAUCGAGAAAGACAUAGUAGUUUGAGGGAAAAUGCGACAGACCAUUUCAGAGAAUCCCAUAAACCUGAUGGUGGCCAUAAGAAAUCAAGACAACAGCGAGGUUUGGUGCCGGAAGCUGAAGAUGAAGGCAGGGAAAAACGCCGUAGAAAAGAGGAAGAGAGCGAGCAAGCAAAGGAAGAGGAGCUUGAAGAUGGAGAAUGUGGUAGGUAUUGAGAAUGUUAAUAUCUCAAUCCGAUGUUUGGAGAUGUUUAGGCUUUUCCAACUUCCUUGGAUUGAGUUUUUUUUUUUUUUUUUUUUUAAAUCAUUUUUAUCAUAAAAUAGUUUGUUUCAGCCAUCAUCAUGUCUCUAGCUCCAGCUUUAACGUAAUGAGAAAUGGAUUAUAUAACUUUUUACCUUGUUAAAAAAAUAUGUUUUGUUACCAUUUGUGUUGCAUUUUUUAUAUCUGCGCUUUUGGUUGAAAAGAAA